AUGCACAACCCAUAUUUUCCUGUCUACCCCGUUCGGGGUCCGGAUCCACUCUUAUAUAGGCAUCUUCCGCAGCCCGCAAUGCUGUGCGCAUAUGCACCGACUAUUCCGGAUACGCAAAUGCACAGUCAUAUGCCAAACAGCACUCAGGACUAUGGGCAUGUUAUGACACAACAGUCGUACCACCAGUUUCCGUUUCCUCAAGUUCUGCAAAGUGCUCAGACUCAGCCGCCAACUACAAGCUCCAUGCAUCGGCAAAUUCCCGUGUCAGCUGCGGCUGUUCCAUCGGUUAAACUUUCAAAGCCCCGUGAAAAGUGUCCCCUAACCGUCAAGCAUCCAGACACUGGCGUCAUUGUUGAUCUAGGAUCAGCAUCCAACGAAGUGCCAGUGGAAGAAUCCAACGAGCCGACAGUAACAUCAGAAACAAAAACGCAAGAUCUAGCUAGUCCUACUGCGCCCUUGGACAUGCACGACUCAAAGAUAACUUCCAGCGAACCCAUUCAGCCAUAUGACGGUUCGUCACUCAUGACCGAUUGUUCUGUAACUGUCCCUGAAUUCGAAUCUACGGAAGAGUUAGCUACUCUCUUUAUUCCCUCGGAUAAGAUCGCACCGUCUGCAGAGCAGCUAUCGGACAAAUUUUCCAGUGCUCCCGCGGUCGAUCAAACUCGGUUGGAUGUUGAGUCGACGGAAGAUGAGUCGUGUACAGAAACUGAUGAAAGCGACAGCGAUGACACACUUUUUCGGCGGAGGUAUUCUCGGGAUUUCUUGCUAUCACUCAAGGAGGCGCCGGCUGCUAUAUUAAGUCUUCCGCAUUUAGCGGUUAUUACAAACCCUGCCAACCAGUGGAAAUAUCGUCGUAAUCCCCAUAGGGCUCCUCAGCGGAUAAUUAGGCUUCCUACUGGUAUUACAGUGAAGACAGUAGAAGGUGCCUUCGUACCUACAUCCCUCCGUAAAAAAGAUGGUACGGCUGAAAAUGACAAGCCGAAGGCGCUCUCACGGGAGCUCAAUGUGAUUCUCAACCGUGUUUCUGAUGGAAAUCUGGCCGAAACGGUUACUGACAUCAGGAGGCUGGAGUUAUCCUCUUCUGACGACUUACAACUACUUGCUAAACUUGUCUUUCAAAAGGGCAUUCGUCAGCCUAAAUACAGCAAGGUGUUUGCCACUUUAUGCAAGGAGUUAAAAGGGUUCGAGGUGCCUGGUUCUGAAUCCUUUGAAUCGUUGAUUCUGCGACAAGUUCAGGAUCUUUUCAACACUCCACUGGAUACAUUGAUAUCCGAUCUGAACGUCGCCAUUGAUGCAAAAAUUGCAUCUGCUAAAGACGAGGCUGUAAAGCGAAUACUAGACGAAGACCGGGAAACCAACGUUUUAAAAAAGAAAGAAGCAUAUGACGGAAACAUGACACUUCUAUCUGAACUAUUCCUGUGCCGGCUGGUGCCUCUAAAAACUAUGAGAGAUUGUCUAAACAAGCUUAAGGAUUCAGCUGCACCGGAGGCCUUGAGAUCAAUGCUUAUUAUUUUACAGAUUUGUGGAUCAGAGUUAGAAAUACAGGCGAAAAACAUUCUGGACACUUGUUUCUCUCGACUUAAUGGGCAUAUCAAAUCAAAUAAGCUACCUACACACCAAGUGUUUAAAAUCCAGGAGCUAUGUGAUUUGCGCGAGCGUGGCUGGAAGGAAAUGACCUACAAUCAGGAUCUUCCGGCUCAACCAAAUGUUAUCUCUCGACGGCCGACAGAAGAAAAACUUCGCUGGCAGUAUCUUCAGUCUGUUCCUGAUUCAAAGCGCAGAUCCGUUCAGUCGGUUAAUCCAGUCACACCCUCAAGUCUUGCGGUGACACAGCAGCCUCAGGAUGCUCGAAAAUUAGGACCAACUAGAGCAAAUUGGGUUCAGGGAAGUGGACAGUUGAAACCUAGCGACGAUAAUCAGCUACAAAGUCCCAAAACCACAACGCAUCCCACAAUAAGUGGUCGUUCCCGGGAAGCUUCCCCCCUCGUUCCUCCGGGGCCUCAAGGAGUGUGGGCCCAAAGAAAAGCUAGUGGACCUGCAGCUGCACUUGAAAAUUCCAAGCCUAUUGAGAAUUACGAGAUUGUCUUGACCAAAUGUCAAAGAAUGGCUCGUUCCACCGUUGAAUUGCUUCUAUCAAGGGAAGACAAUGUGCUUGACUCAGUUGAGGAGUGCCCGGCGGAGCAUCGGUCAGCACUGCUUCAUCUCGUUUUUGAGACGUUGAUGGACAGGAGUGUGGAGGAGCGCAAAGCUGCAGGUGAAUUAUGUCUGCGAUUAUUGAAUAAGAAAUUGAUCACUCCAGCAGAUGUGGCAUCCGCCUGUCGGGCUUACUUCUCUACUCUGGACGACGGGUGGACAGCGGAGUAUGUAUUUGGAUGGAAAUAUCUGGCUGAGAUAUUUCAACACUUCAUCCAAAAUGGUCCAGAUCAUUUCCAACUGCUAACCUCCAUACUAAGGCCGCUCCACUCAGGUGGCCGUGGCGCCAAUGUCUUGGCCCAUUGCCUAAGAAUGAGUGCUGCCCGCCUUGGUCCUGAUGUCGUAUCUUUCAAGUUUCAGUCCAUGCGUCUGGACUGGACUCAGUUGGGAAUAUCCCCAGGGGAUGUUCUGUCUUUCAUUAACGAGCACUCGAUAUCGUUCACAAUCGAUCCUAACCCUUUGGCAGAAACGUUAAAAGAACUCAGGGAUUUGGCACAGCUAAAGUCUACCACAUUGGACCAACUCAAUAAGUUAUUCAAGCAAUUGCCGCAUUCUGACUUACCCUACGGGUUCAUCAGACAGUGUACUAUCGCAUUGGUCAACAGACACAGAGAUCUCCCUCGACAAUCCAUCGAUCAAAGAGUUAUUGCGCUAGGAAUCCUAGUCGACCACAAUCCCGAACGCGAGUCUCAAGUCCUUCAUGCGCUUGACGAGUGUUCAAAAACUGGCAACAUGGAGCUACUGGAAAGUUAUCUAACGAGUUCCUGUAGAAGUAAUCAGCCGAAAACCCCGGAAUACAGCCAUCGAAUGGCUCGGUUCAUUUCUGUGGGUUGUAAAUGGCUAUGUCGGUGAUCUUGGCAGCGAACGAUCCUACCGUUAUAAACCACCUACUUUUUCGUGAGAACUUGGUUUUGGUCCAUGUUGCUGGCCCGUCAAAUAUUCCCGCAAAAACGCGCCAGAAACCCCGGCAGAAUGGCUGUGGAAAGCGAGGUCCAAUUCCCCCCCACAACGCAGCAGCGU